AUGGCGGAAAACACCGAGACUUUGCAUGGAAGACCUGGAAUGUCUUCUGAUGUAAACCUUCCACCGGAAGACAUUCCAUGUUCAUCCGUGAAAAAUGGAGAAGACAUAAGUAAGUGGACAAUUCCAAAAUUGAAAUUUUGGUUGAAAUGCAGAAGACUGAACCAACAGGGACUGAAGAAAGAUCUUGUCAAAAAGUAAGUUUCGCAGCACCUGCAUUACAUAAACACUGUUAUCUAACCUUCCACGCUAGUGAAAAGAAUUUCGUUUUCGCUAAAAUCUUUUCUUUUCUGCUUUUAAUUUGAGAUUUGUUUCUUUUCGGGGCAGGGUCAAGGCAUUCAACGCGAUUCCUUACUACCCUGAUCCUGAGAAGAGCUACACGAAAGCAAAGGUUGAAAAGCUAAAGACCCUUAAUAUCGAAACAGUCCAGACUGAGCUAAGCGACCAACAAGCAAACUCGUGUAGUUCGAUUUUAGACACUUUACCUCCGGAUGAAAACACUCAAUUUUCAGAGGACUUUUCUGUUUUGCCCCCAUUUGUGCCUAUGGAUGCUUUUGAUCAGGUAAAAAAUUCUGGUAAAUCCAUGAAGAAAUUUACCAAUGCAGCAGUUGUUAUAAACUCAAAUGACAAAGGCCUCCGUAUGGUCAAUUUUGUGCACGAUUUACAGGUGUAUAAUGACACGGAAAAUAACAUCAUAUACGUCCGUGCUUGCUGUUGGGCUUCCUAUAAGAGGAAUGUUAAAUACAAGGUGAAAAUGGUAUGUAAACAAAGUGGGACCCCAAAGAUGCUAGCAGCAAAGUGUGAUAGGCAGUGUCCGGCUUCCAACAGUGGUUGUUGUUGUCAUGUUAUGGCCCUCAUAUGGAAACUUGAGGACAUGACGAGAAAGUCCGAGCUAAAAAAUAUCACUCCUGACAACAGAUGCUGCACAUCAAAACCAAGGGAAUGGGGAAAAGGGGGUAGACGAGAAGUAGAGUUCUCUCCAGUGAUGGCUUUAAAAAUAACAAAACCAAGACAUGCAUCUGACUUACCUGGUAGGAAGAAAAGGAGUAUUGACUCUCAGUUUUACGAUCCCAGACCAUUGAAAUCACAGAAGCUUGAUGCUGAUGGAAUUGUAAAGCUGAGGCAAGAUCUUCAGAAAAUAAAUGCUCGUAUACCCUUUGCUGCUAUGUUACCAGAGGAAAAGACAAUUCAAACAGUAAUGACUAUAGUUGGCACUGUUGCUAAAGGUUCAACAAUUCAUAAGCAACUUCAAGAUUAUUCCCGGCAGCCUCCAAAUUUGGUAGUACCCUAUUUUAGUAGUUCUUCCCUUGCUGGUAAAGAAAAUGUGAAUCCUGUCUCAAAUGGGCAAGCACUGAAUUCAAAUUCAAGUUUGAAUCAUGAAAUCUCUGCUCCACCUUCCACUGUGCAGUGUGAAUCCGAAAUGGCACCCCUUAGCACUCCUUGUAAUGAUUAUGAUGAGCUACAGCUACAGCAGAUAUCAGAUUGUAUUGUUUAAUAACCAACAGCAAGAACAGAAUAUUUCAAGUGUUAUUGAAAGUACAAUUGAUCCAUCUGAAGCACAACUGCCAACAGUCCAAACAGAAACAUUAUUUAUUGAAACUCUUACAGACAAGCAAAAGCAAAUUGAAAUGGCAACAAGAGGACAAUCAACGAAUCCUGCUUGGUUUGAACAAAAGCAAAACAGAAUAACUGCCAGUAUCUGUAAAGAUGUCUUUUCUCAUAUGCAAAAACAGGGGUCAAAAUUACCAGAAAAUCUAGUAAAAAAAUUACAGCAAAAGGAGCACCCCAAAAACUGGUCAGCUAUUCACAAGCUAAACACCUUAAUUAUAAAAGUAAAGGAUUGA